AUCUACUCCUUAAAGUUCAGUCUUACAUGAUUCCAAAUCUGGAUGAUAUUCCAAUGCAAUAACUUGCACUUAUUUGCCAGUGUAAAGCUUAAUUUUUAUUUGUCUACUUUCAUUGACAGAGCCAUUGAAAGCAGUCCACCAAUUGGAGUGAAAAGGUGAAUCAAAAUGUUUGAAGGCGCAGUAAAAGACAUUUUAUUGGAAGAUGAAUUAUUCAUAUUGCCACGAUAUAAACCCAAAGAUAUGGCUAAAUUGGCCAGCACAACUCAAUUCGCCAAACAUGAACUUCGAAAAAUUUAUCAAGGAUUCAAACAGGAAUGUCCGAAUGGUGUUUGCAAAGAAGAUUCAUUCAAAAAUUUAUUCUCAUCUUUCUUUCCACUGGGAGAUGGUUCAUUAUAUGCAUCAUGUGUAUUCAAUGCCUGUAAAAGGUAUCUCAACAAAAGCUCAAUCAAUUUUGAACAAUUCUUGACCAUUUUAUCGAUGCUUUCUCGUGGCAAUUUAAAUGACCAAAUUGAAUGGGUGUUCAUGUUGUAUGAUGUUCAUGGUGAUCAAGUGAUUACCAAAGAUGAAAUGAUGAUUGUAGUUAAAGCUGUUUAUCUGAUGCUUGGUUCAAGUACUCAACCUCGAGUCAACGAUGCUCAUAUACGUCAACAUGUUGAUAGAGUUUUCAAGGAAAUCGAUAUCCAUAAUCGAGGCUCUAUAACUUAUGAAGAUUUUUAUUCUUGGUGUAAAAAGGAAGAUCGGAUGCAAUCUUUUGCCAUUUUUGACACUGUCUUUUAUGAGUGAAAACUGGAAAAAUUUCACUCAAAUUGAAAUAUUUUUUCUUCCUUCUUUUUCUCAUCACUAAUUUAUUGGAAACUAAAUUCAUUCACUAUUCAAGUAGAUUCAUUUGUUGAUCACUUUUUUGACGCACAAUACAUUGAUGGAUAAUUUUGACAUAAUAUUACGAAAGGAAACUCGAUUAUCUUUUUAAAGAUACUGGACAAAUUUUAAAUGAAAUGGACGCUUUGGACAAUUUACUGAUUAGAAAAUUGUAUAAACAAUGAUUUGACAAUUGUCGAUCAACAAUUUUAAAAAUUAUUAACAUUGAUUACAUCGUCUAUGAUUUAUGAUUAAAAGUUUAAAUUUUGAAA